AGGAUGAAUUGCUUUUUCCUUUCUUUUUUCUUUCUUUCUUCUUCCUUAUCCGCGCAUUUGCUCUUUUCCUUUUCCCCGAUGCUCUGCCCCCCGACCCUCUGCACCCGACGAGUCCCCCCAAACUACCGCCACCCAUUUUCCGGCCGGAAAUCCGGCAAAGCUUGGGGAUUUCUCCCUAUUUUCUUGUCUUAGAACACCUGUUGAACCCAGAAAAUCCCAGAUCUGCGUCUUUCCCCCCUCUGCUGUCCGUCGGCUUCAACUUGUGGGUUUGAAAUUUCUGGGCGUUUUUCGCCGUGAGUUUUCCCCCAUGGGUCCCGUCGACUUCCUCACCAGCCAAGCUCGGGUUCUGCUAGCUGGAAUUCUGGUAAGUUGCCGGCUCCCAAAUCCAAUUUAUCCAUGUAAUUGUUGCCUUGUGUUGAUUGGGUUUUUGCUUUUGAAUUGCCCAUUGCUGUCCGAAAUUCUGUUGAAAGAGGGGAGGAAGUUGGGUAGCCUCUAAGCAUGAGUUUUGUUUAAUUCAUGUAGAAACUAGCUUAAUUUGGUUGUUGUGAGGUUAAUUGUGUGAAACCCCCGUGAAUUAGCUAUGUUUUGCUAAUUUGGGAGUUGAAGUUACUGUUCACGAGGUACUGUUCACUGGGUACUGUUCAUAAGCACUGUUCACACACCGAGGGUUAAUGAUUAACGGGGAUUUAAAGGAUUAGUUUGUGAUAUAAGAAUAAGUUUGGAGAUGUCCGGUUAUAUGGAGAUUGAUAGAAAUAGCAUCGAGAUUAGGGGUAGUCCCGAUGACGAUUUUACUUUGAAUUUGUGGUGGUAUGGUUAUUAAUUGUGGAAUAUUGUGAUUAGGUUUUGAUCGUUCUGUCACCGUAGCACUUGGGUUAGCCUUCUAUUCUGUGCGAGUGAGGAAGCAAAACCGAGGACGGAGAAACCGAGGGGAGUGACGAAUUAGAAGGCUAGCCAUUCAAUUCGGGUAUAAGUUUUAGAUUUUAUCAUCCUUUUGUAAGGUUGAUUUUAUUCAUGAGAUUUUGUGAUUUGGAUAAGUUCCGAGCCUUGUGCACUUGUGGGAGCCGUCUCACGAGUGCACGGCGUCUGCCA